CAGCUACGAGGGUGGUACCACCGGGUCAUGGGUGGUACCACUAGAUGCCAAGAAUUUAUAAGAUCAGUAACACCAACUGGAAAGGAAGGAAACUAAAAAAUGGAGCCUACCAUACCUGGAGAGUUUGUGAAAGAGCGACCGGCCGAUGAUGGUAUACAGAAAAUAGCUGACAAAGUUAAAGUAGCUGUAGAGGAACAGUCUGGUAGAAAAUUUACGGAGUUCAAGGCCAUUGCAUUUCGCUCUCAAGUGGUAGCAGGAGUGAAUUACAUUAUUAAAGUAUGUGUUGGUCAUGGUAAAAAUGAUUACAUAAUGUUGCGUGUCUUUGAGAAUCUUGAUGGAGAGGUAACUCUUACUUCCUACGAGUUGGACAAGAAAAAGGAUGACCCAAUUGAAGUUUCUGAUUAAUUUUUUGCUGUUACAUACAUGUAACUGUUUUAAUCCAUUCUAAAUGAAUGGUGCUGAUUUUCGUUGCUGAUUUCAUUUGCUGAUUUUCAUUGCUGAUUUUUAUUUGCUGAUUUUCCAUUUGCUGAUUUGAUCAUUAUGCUGAUUUUUGCUAAAUAAACUGAGUUUGUUAUAGCA